UUGUCGUCGUCCAUCGCUGAAACCGACUCGCUUGUCCUUUGUGCAGAAGCAGCGCUUGUAUCACAGCACCACUGCCAUUCGAACGAUGACAGAUCACAACGACGAGGGCGCUCUGAGCUCUUCCCGUGCCGGCCGGGCCGUGUCUCUCUUGCCAACGUACCUGACGGACGCAAGGGCCGUUCAAAAAUAUUGCCAAUCCAGUGCCCCGGAUGGUGCGCUCCAGCUAAGCGUCGCCGAGAACCAGAUGCUCGAGGAUUUGUUGGUCCCCGCCCUGACCAAGUUUUCCAGAGCGAGGGAGUCCUUUCCCGCUGAUGCCAUUUAUUACCAACCCACCCACGGACGCGAGCCCCUGCGCAACGCCGUCAAGGAUUAUCUUGAUGAUCUCUUGGAGCUGGAUGUGGCAACAAGUGGCGGCCUAGACCCCGAUGGGCUCGUAGUGGGGGCGGGUUGCAACGCCGUCCUGGAGAAUCUUUGCGUUUCGCUGGCUGAACCGGGGCAAGGGGUGAUGAUUCCACUGCCGUAUUACGCUGCAUUUGAAUUCGAUCUGGGGUCAAGAGCGGGGCUUGAAGUAGUUCCAGUGCCUACCAUGGAGCACUCCGGUUUCGAUAGCAGCAGUGGCGAAAGCCCCCCACCGGAGGCCUAUUAUCUCACCAGAGCGGCCCUAGACGCCGCCCGGCAAAAAUCAAUCGACGAAAACGGUAUUGAACCGCGCAUUCUCCUCAUCAGCCACCCGCAAAAUCCACUUGGAAUCUGUUAUCCACCGGACGUUGUACUAGAGGCGAUCGAUUGGUGCCGGGAGCACAAAAUCCACUUGAUCAGCGACGAAAUAUAUGCCGGGAGUGUUUACGAACAGAACCACGCGGGCUUUUCGUCGGCCCUAAAGCUGGCUUCCUCGUCAUCUCCCACGGAGAUGGGAUUAGGCCUGGGACCAUUUGUUCACUUUGUCUAUGCUCUCUCGAAAGAUUACGCCCUUUCAGGACUGAGGGUCGGUAUCCUGUACUCGGAAAACCCAGAAAUUCGGCUCCCCCUCCAAAAACUCAAUGAUUUGUGCAGUGUCUCGUCCCAAACCCAGUGCCUCGUCGAAGACAUGAUGACAGAGGUAUCUCCACCCUCGUCGGUCCAUUGGACGAAGGGAUUUCUAACUGAGAACCAGCGCCGCAUCCGUGAGCGAAAGGACGCGUGGCAGUCUUGCCUAGACGAGCUGGGGAUCCCCCACCUGGAUGCCACCGCCGGACUUUUCUGUUGGAUGGAUUUUUCCGAGUUUCUUCCCGAAACUGGCACGCCUUCCGAGCGGGAACGGGCACUAUAUCUGGAGCUACUCACAGAGUAUGGCCUUCUUUUCACACCCGGAGAUAGCAUGAAAAACGAACUGCCUGGGUUUUUCCGCUGCGUAUUCACGGCGGCUAGCGACCACGAAUUCGAGCUCGGUAUGGAGCGACUGCGCAACUACGUGAACGAAAAACGAGCCUGAGAAUCCCACUCCUUCUGCGAGACUCUCACAACCAUGCAAUGCAAGAAAAAAAUCGACUGCAAUCGGAUCGCUAUCGAUAAAGUGCGCGGUAUGAAACACAGUUUCGGAAUAUAUGGGACGUUUGAUC